UGUAAUUAUGUGUUAGCUCACCAUUUAAGCUUCACUACAAAAAAAAAAGGCCUUUUAUGGCAAUUUUCAAUUCGCUACAAAUAAAAUCGCCACAAUAAGUUAGCUUUUGCAGCGAAAAUAAAAUCGUCGCGACCUUUGUACAAUUUAAUCACGGUGGUCUCGGAACUUUUGUAUUUGCAGCGAUUUAAUGCCUUUAGUGGCGAGAAAAAUUGACGGAAGUUGGAAAAAUUAGUCGCAACGGGAUAAAAUCGACGCGAUUGAGUUUGGGGCGCCAAAAACACACUAAACAUUUGAUCCCCCCCAAAGCCUUACCCAGUCUUCAUCACAGUACCCCCUUCUGCACUUCGACCUUCUUCCCCAAUUUGGGUACCAAUCCACCCACUUCAUGCACACGACUUCAUCAUCUCCAUUAUCGACUACAUCCCAAAGCUUUUACACAGGCCAGGGUUGUGGUUUCCUCCAUAUACAAAAUCUGUGCCUCCAUCUACAAAUCUCAGAGUGAUUUUUUGUGGGAUUUUCCAGUAUCGGAGGGCGAGCAUAGUCGACCGAUACUCUUGGAGUGAAAUCCUUCCGUCAACACAGAUUCAUCAACCUCUGGUUAGUGCAAAUCAGUUUGAGCAUGACUUCUAAAUGGCUUGUGUUUAAAACAGUGAGCUUCAUAAAACUUGAUAAAGUCCAUCUUUUCUUCUAAUUUUUUCUUAACUGUUAUCCAUGGAAUAUGCUUAUCUUUAUGCCUUGAGCAUCAGUACAUUCACACCCGAAUCUUCUUCGAUCAAGUAAGAAUUGGAAUAUGGAAAGCAGUAAUCAUGUUGCAGUGCAUAGAGGGAUUUAAGCAUUUAGGUGCUUCCCUACUACGGGAUGACCGUAAUCAUAGCUUUGUUGUCUGAGUAUGUCGUGGCUACAAUUGAGUCAAGUAAAAAGCAUUUAAUUUUCAUUCUUUCUGGUGUGGUUGAAAACUAUUUGAUAGUAUGGACAACAUUAAUUGAAUUGUACACUCGACAUGGCAUUUGGAGAAGCACCAAUAUACAUGGCAUUUGUUUACCAUGGUACUCAUUAUUAUUCCAUUAAUCCCCUUCAGGAUGCAUCAGAUUCUUGGGGUUUGCCUGUUAGCUUCCUCAGCAUGAUAUUGCUACCAAUUGUGGGAAAUGCAGCGGAACAUGCAGAGCAAUCAUAUUUGCUUUCAAGAACAAGUUGGAUAUAACUUUAGGUGUUGUUUUGGGGUCUGCAGCUCAAAUGCAAUGUUUGUGGAUAGGACUAAUGGCCGAAAUGAAGAAUGUUGCUCAUAUACAAGCUCAAAUAGAGAAAGCUGGGGAAGAUGCUCAUCUUUAGGAGGCACUGAUAAAGAAUCUUCUGCAGCCUGCACAGCUGCUACGACUUGCUCUUUUGGUUUUGCAUUUGUGCGUUACUGCUUCUUGAAGAAAAUCUCAUCCCAUGUUGUGGAAGUCAAAGAAACAAAUGAAGGAGAUAUGAUUGAAGCAAUAGUAAAUUAGAUAGGGGAGGCUAUUAAUUCCUUCAACCAAAUCUAUGGUGAGUAAAAAAGCUUUAACUGUUAGAGUCCCUAUAUCUGUAGAGCCUUGAAUGUUUAGAGUUUUAGACACUGUUUCAUUAUCAAUUUUCUGGUCGCUGUCAACAACAGAACAAUGGUACUGCCUCUUUCUUGUUUUGAUGUAUCGUUUCCUUCUUCAUUUGGCCAUGGUGUUUCAUUUCCUGUUGCCAGUUUUCUCUGGUGCAAUCUGGCUUCUUUACCUCAAUAUCAGUAUUUUUAUAGAUUCUUGGAAUCUAAUAUAAAUAAUCACCAUCUGUGUUUACUUACUUGGAGAAAUGUCCUCCCAAAAUGGGAACUUUCCUUUUAAGUCAAAACUCAGAGUAGUCCUUGUAAAUAUUGUUUGUUUUUCUGCAUCAGAUGGUAUAAAUAUGUUAUUCUGCAGAAGAAAUUGAUGAAAGUAUGCUAAGUUGCAUACGAUGUCUGUUAAGAACAGAU